CUCCAUCCUAACGGAUUAUUCUCUCAACCCCACGAACCAUUCAACGCGAAGUCUGCACGCAUUUUUACUCUUUUCCUCCCAACAAAGCAAUCAUUCCCCUGUUUUGCUGCCAAUUGCAGCUUUCAAGCAUGGCAAGACGAAUAAGAGACCCUUUUCCUUAAUUUUGUUUGAUCAUUCCCUUUCAGCUUUGAUUUUCCUGGUAUGACAUGAAGCAUUGUUCAGAUUAUUUGUUGUCUGAAGCCCUUAUCAAGAUUUGAUUCCAGUUUCAGAUUACCUAGAAACUCAAGCUUUCAAUAAACUAACAACGAUGGAGGACGGCAUGGAUUUCAGCCCUCAUAAAAAUAGCACAGAACAGAAUCGAACCAGCUUUGAAGAAGAUGAUCAAUUCAGCAUUCGAUCAGCACCCUCCAAACCAUCUCCAGACAAGAAAUCGAAGCCCAAGAACAAGCCGAAUCAUCACUCCGACAAGACGGCGAACCCGCCGCCGCAGAGGCCCGAGACGACGGCGGCGCUGGUGACGACGACCGCAGCAGCAGCAACAGCAGGAACAAACCGUGGCGAGGCCGUCAGCAACGGCAGCCUGGACAGCAUCAGCAGCGGCAGCACACGGAGCAACAGCCUGGAGAGCAGCAGCACCGGCGCCGCGGCGGCGCCAACGGUGCUGACGACAUCGGCGUCGACGGCGUCGGUGUCGGCGUCGGGGCAGAACGUGAAGCGGCACACCGGCGGGGACAGCCGGUGGGAGGCGGUCCAGGCGGCGACGGCGCGCGACGCGCCGGCGCCGCUGAGCCUGGCGCACUUCCGGCUGCUGAAGCGGCUGGGGUACGGCGACAUCGGGAGCGUGUACCUGGUGGAGCUCCGCGGCACGUCGGCCUUCUUCGCCAUGAAGGUGAUGGACAAGGCGUCGAUCGCGAGCCGGAACAAGAUGGCGCGCGCGGAGACGGAGCGCGAGAUCCUGGGCCUCCUCGACCACCCCUUCCUCCCCACGCUCUACACCCACUUCGAGACCGACAAGUUCUACUGCCUCGUCAUGGAGUACUGCUCCGGCGGCAACCUCCAUUCCCUCCGGCAGAAGCAGCCCUCCAAGCACUUCUCCGAGCCCGCCGCCAGGUUUUACGUGGCAGAGGUGCUACUGGCGCUGGAGUACCUGCACAUGCUGGGGAUCGUGUACAGGGACCUCAAGCCGGAGAACGUCCUGGUGAGGGACGACGGCCACAUCAUGCUCUCCGACUUCGACCUCUCCCUCCGCUGCACCGUCUGCCCCACCCUCGUCAAGUCCUCCUCCGUCCACGCCACCGGCAGCGGCGGCGGCAUAGGCAGCAGAGGAGACGCCAUCGACGGCGGCGAGAGCAUGCCGGCGAACCAGGGCUGCAUCCAGCCCUCCUCCUUCUUCCCGCGCAUCCUGCCGCGGCGCAGCCGCAAGGCGUCCAAGAGCGACAUGGGCCUGCUGCUCAACGGCGCGGCGGCGGUGGAGUUCAACGCGGAGCCGACGGAGGCGCGGUCCAUGUCGUUCGUGGGCACGCACGAGUACCUGGCCCCGGAGAUCAUCCGCGGCGAGGGCCACGGCAGCGCCGUCGACUGGUGGACGCUGGGAAUCUUCCUCUACGAGCUCAUCCACGGCGCCACCCCGUUCAAGGGCGCCGGCAACCGCGCCACGCUCUGCAACGUCAUCGAGCAGCCGCUCCGCUUCCCCUCCGACGGCGGCGCCAGCGCCGUCGCGCGUGACCUCAUCCGCGGCCUGCUCGUCAAGGAGCCCCACAAGCGGAUCGCCUUCACCAGGGGCGCCACCGAGAUCAAGCAGCACCCCUUCUUCGACGGCGUCAACUGGGCGCUCGUCAGGAGCCUCACGCCGCCGUCGGUGCCGGAGCCGGUCGACUUCCGGCAGUACGCCGCCGCCGCGUCCGCCACCACUCCCAAGGACAAGAAGCCGCCGGAGAACGCCGCCGCCGCCGCCGCCCCCGCCGCGGCGGAUGGUGGCGGCGCGGCCAACUCGAGCACCGGCGAGUCCUACACUGACUUUGAGUAUUUUUAAUUAGUACUAUAUAUUUAUUCCUGACAAUAUUGUUGUGCACACCAGAUUGUUUUGAUCGAUGGUUGUGAAGUAUGAGAACUCGAUUCGUGAUAAUUAAGUUGUACUAACUCAUUCUUGGACUAUGGUAGAUUCAUUGUAAACCUAAAAUUCAUAUGAAAAUGUAGCGAUUUCAUUUGAUUGGUUUGUUAUAUGUGAACAUCUGUUACUUGUUAUUGUAGUAUAUGUUCAAACUAACACGUGAUUUUAGUACGUGUAUAUACUUCAGUUUAAUUGUUAGAUUUCAUAUGCUAUUUUGAGCAAAGGUAGGUUUUCAAGUUAAA